AUGAACUUGUCUUCAACUGUUGACCAGUCUCUCCUUGACCUUUUGAAUAUGCUUCAAGGAAAUUGUGCCAAUCCAGCAAAUACCAGUUUUCCUAUAAACCCUCCAGGAAGCCUUCUUCUUCCGCAUGCAAACUCGACUGCAAGCAUUCCAAUCGAUUUAUCCAUGCCAAGUUCUCCAAUCAACCGGGUAAUCGAAAGAUUUGAUAUCAACCCCACCAUUCCUGCUCCUACCGUACCUUUCCCAAUCAAUUCGGCCUCCAUCACCUGGCAAAACCAGUUCUUUGGAGCCAGAAGACCACUUGCUCAAACUGUCCCGAGUGCAACUUUCCUCGAAAUGCCUAAAUCAUUUCCACCAAACCCUCUUGAUAACUUCUUGGCGGCAAAAACUCAAAUGAGUAGCACUCUUCAGAAUACGGGUACUACUACCCAUCUUCCAACAAGUUCGGUGCCAGGGCUCUUGCAGCCAUUCAAUAUGCUUCCACAAGCAGAUUUUCUUGGAGUUCAAACGCUGAAUUCGAAUUUUGCAGCAUCUUCCCUAGGAAGUCUUUCAACUGCACUGGAUUCAGUUCGUCCAGGAUUAUGCAUGCCAUCUGGAAGCACCCUUCCUUCAUCACUACAAAAUUCGACACGAGAUUCCCCAUCACCUCCAUCAUUGACGCCAAAUCUGUCGUUUAUGACAGAACGUGAAAUGGAGAAAAUAUUGAAUUCACCAUUCUCGGGUGACUGCUCUCCUCAGGAUUUUGCUAGACAGGCCUAUGCAAUUCUUGCGCGUGGAUCGCCCGAUGACCAAAAAAAGAAGACGCUUGAAGUCUUGGAGCACGUCAUAAAGUCUCCGAUUUAUGAGGAUUGGAUUAAUGUCCGCACAAUGAACAUUUACGACCCGAGUGAUGUUGAAGCUAUUUGGAAGCCUCAAGAAGUGAGGAAACCAUCGGAGACAAAGAAUAUGUUUUACAGAUGGUUUAUAAAAACGGGCCGUGGAAAUUCGGAAGAAGCACGUGAAGCAUGGCUACGAAUGCCUCCAGCAACAAAACAGGAAGGGAUAGAGAGAAAGAAAUGGUAUGAAAGGAGUAAGGCAAUUAAAGCAGAACACCAAUUUCAACUAUCUAAAGGAUAUAUAGUUGUGAAAGAAGAAACAAGGAGACUAAUGAUUCGUCCAUACUAA